GUGAUUUCUUUAUUUAAAACGUUUUGACUUUUUGGUGUUAAAAAAUAUUCCUUACUGCAUUUUUGUAACACAGAUUUGCAAUAAUCAAAUAUAUGACGACACUAUUAAAAAGUUCUUUAAAUGAUUAAAAAAUACAAGAUGCCAAGACAUGCAAGAGUGAAAUAUGAUACCAUUUUUGAAGUAUUAAAAAAUAUGCCCAUUUUUACUGAAAAUGGUGAAUUAAAAAAACAAAGAGACCCAGUGUGGAAAGAAGCCUGCAAAAUUAUGCCAGAAAUAAAUGUGCACAAUUUGUAUUUAUUUGUAUACCAAGAUAGGAGACAAAUAAAAACUAAUUUGAUGAAACACUUAAAUAUUGUAGGUGUACCACCAAAAAAUAAGAAAGUAAAGAAAAAAGAACCUAUAGAAUAUUAUGAUGAUAUUUGGGAUAAUUAUGAUUAUUAUGAAACGCUUGAUAAUGAAGAUAAUCAAGAAACUAUACAAACUGAUUUUAGUAGUUUGGUUAAUUUAAAAACUAAGGAAGAAUUUAAAAAUAGUAUACACAAAAUAGGAAUUUUACCUUUUUCUGUUCAUUAUUGGCAUCCACAACAAGUUGCUCUUUGGACCGAUCUAAUAAAUAUUGAAUCGACUGUGUCCUUUAUUGCAUUAAACAAUGUUAUUUCAAAUAUUACAGAAUAUCUUGAAACUGAG